AGCCCCACCAGCGACCGUCGAAUUCAAGAUGAAGGCUGUUUACGCUGCGUUGGCUUUGGCCGCUUCGGUCAUGGCAGGCAAGGACCAUGAGUCUAUUGUCACGGCCACAACCUACGAGACAACUACUGUCUGCCCGAUCACUAACACAGUCACCUAUGGUGGAUCGACCUACGAAGAGACCACUUACACCACAUCAACCGUAGUUGUCACCUCGUGCGCGGGAGGUAACUGCGGAGGUGAGGCUACGGUAACUGCUCCUGAUACCACCGUCGGCACCACCACCGCGGUCGAGGUUACUUACACAACCACGUGUCCUGUCACGGAGACAGUCACCGCUCCUGGCAAGACUUACGUUACGACAUACACCACGACCAGCGUAGCAGUCACCUACGUGGACACCACUCUCGUCGAGACCGUUACUGGGCCCCCUGCUACGAAGACCACGGAGGAUGUUGCUUACACAACUCUGACUUCGCUAUGCCCGGUUACUGAGACCAAGACUCUAGAGGGUUCUACAGUCGUCGUUACAUGGACAUCAACCUCGACCAUUAAGACCGCUGUGCCUACUACUGCUAUUGAAUACACGUCGUAUACCGUUACUAAGCACGUGUCUACUGAGAUCUUCGAGACUGUCACCUGCCCGGAGACAGUCCACACUACCGUGUCGGAGGGUAAGACUAUCUACGUUACCGAGACCGGUACCGAGACGCUCUACACCACUAAGGAGUACACCGUUACGCAGACUCUCCCUGUCACCGAGACCAAGGAGAUUGAUGUGACUGUCACUUCCGAGGCCACCGCGGGCGAGACCGUCACCACCAUCCCGACCGUCUGGGUUACAUACAGCGAUACUACCAUCGUCACCAAGUCCAAGUCUGCCACGACUGUUCCUUACCCUACUACCGUCUCCGUGCCCGUCUCCAGCAGCGCAGCCACCAGCGCGGUCGGUACCACUUACGUCCCUUCGGCCCCUCUUUCUUCCUCCACCAGCGUUCCCCAAGUUCCCUCGACCGCCCUCGCACCCCAGGCUACGCCCGUCGCUGCCAUCUUGGCUUUCGCCGGUCUCGCAGCCCUAUUGUAAGCUUUUGGGGUUCUGCUCUGAAACAUGAUGCAACAACCGAAGCCCAACAACUUAGUUCUUUCUUUUCUUCUAUUAUGAUGAAUAUAGCAUAAAGGGGUCCCUAGCAUAAGCAUGGAACGGUGGUGAUUACACACACACACACACACACACACACACACACACACUCCCAGCUGCGGGUGGAACAGCAUUCAUUUACCGGAAUAAAGGCACAACGGGGAGGGGAGAGGAAACUCAGGUGGCGGCGGCGGGAAAAAAAAGACGAUUUUUCGAUU